AGAACAUCUUCAGUAGAGCUAGAACAGUCAAAACACUCUCCGCUGUGUUGGACCGUCACAUUUUGCAAGACGGUAGCGUUAGUUGACUGAAGCGGCUGUUUUAAACCAUGAAAGGAAUGGCUAAAAGCAAGGUGGUGACGUCGGGGAGGCUGACAGGAGGAGUCAAAGGGCAGCUGGCCAGGAGACGAGUGACUCCAAAACCAGGACCAGCAGCCGGCCCUGAGCCAGCCUACUCUCUGUACUCCACCGACUCUGAAGACCAGGUUACUUAUCUCCAUAAUGGUCUAGACCGGUGUGCUGCCUUGCUCGGUGGCAUCCUUCAGGCGGAGAAGGCAGGCCUUCCCAAAGCAGUGAAGGGUGGAGCAGCUAAAUCAAGAUCAUCUACCUCACGACUAAAGAAAACCAACAACAGAGGCAGUGUAGCAGAGAGGCUGCUCAGUCAUCUUGAGCAGACAGUGUCUUCCCCCCUGAUGAAUGCUGCUGGAUCCGACGUCCCGACUGCACCAGACCUGUCGUCUCUACACAGUCAGAACGCUCAGCUCCGAAGACGUGUGAGGAUUCUUAACCUGCAGUUAAAGGAGAAGGAGAAAGCUGAGAAGCAACAGACUACGGAUACACUCUGUGACUCAGAAGUGUGGACUUUGCAGGAGGAGCUCACUACGGCUCAGUGCCGACUGCAGGACCUCCAGGAUGACCUCACAGAACUACAGAAGGCCCUUCAAAACACACAGAGACAGCUGACAGACAGAGAAGCAGAUAAUGCAGUCAUCAGAACAGACUUGGAGGCCACUAGAAGCAGGUUGCUGGACAGUGAGCGAGAGAAGAGGGGUUUGGCUUCACUUGCCCAGCAAAGACUGGAUGAGAUAGGAAACCUUAAAAGGAUUCUUCAGGAUCAGGAUUCAUUAAAUUGUCCUAUAGCUGACAGCUCCGUCUUGGACACUCUGCCAACUAAGCAACAUUUUAACCAACACCAGCACAGACAGGAUCCAGUGGAGCCCCCCACUGACCGCAUCACCCAGUUCCUGAUGUCUCUGGGUCAGCUGGAGCCAACACACACUGAGCAUGUGCGUGCGGCUGCAGAGAGAGACAGAAACGCGCUAGAGCAGAAGAAACUGAACUCAGAACAGCUGAGAGACACAUUAUCACAUCCCGAUGUCAGACCUCAGCAAGGUGACCAACCCAAAGACUCGGCCCAUCACCAAAACUCUCAUCUCGACCAAUCACAAGGCCAGUCACGCGGGUGGCGGCUGGAGAAGAAGGACAGACGGGUGUUUAACUCCACGCUGUCCCAGUGGGACGUGGAAUCUGUGUGGUCUGAUUGGAGCACGAGGUCAGGGUCGACCUUUGACACCAGAGACGAGGUGGCGUUCAGGGACGGCCUGGCAGCUCUGGACGCCAGCAUAGCCAGUCUGCAGAAGACUUUUCAACUGGAUCUGGGGAAGUGAUAUACACUCAACUUUACAGCUUUUAAUGAAAUAUAUUGUAAUUUAUACCCUUGUUUGAAUUCUACAUGUAGCCAUUUUUGAUGAUUUUA